AUGCAAGCUUCAAGGAAUAAAAACACAGAAAAGGCAGAACCAUUCUACAGGUUUUCAGUGACAAAGCAGAAGACCAGUUCGGAGAUUGUAAAUGAAGCCAGAAAUGCUCUUCGAACACUAAGAACCCGGAGACCAUUUACACCUACAGAGGAUCAAAGAAAACUUUUUGGAUCUGGAUCCUCACGAGCUCCACAAAAUAGACCCCCUUCAGUUUUUAGUCUUCACACAUCCAGUUUUGAUUUGGCUGAAUCAAGACCAGUGUCUGGAGUUCGUCUUAGCCCACUGGAUCAUAAACCAGUACUAACCCCUUUUGCAAAAGAUGAAUCUUCCUCUGUUUCCCUUCCAAAACCUCCUGCUGAUGCUCCAGGGGUUAGAAAAGUCAGCAGUGCUCGGGCAUGCUUAUUUAAAAGAACUUCUCAGGAAAAUUUCCUUUCUGCUAAAACAGUUCUUCCUCAUCAGAAUGAAGAGAAGCUAGAUUCUGAAGAUCCAGCUAUGAUGAAUAAUCUUUGCAGAAAUAAUAAUAACUGCUUAGCGGACCGAAGGUCAUACACACCAUUUAAUGAUGAAAGUAGACAAUUAAUUUGUAAUGAGUGUAUCAGCAGAUCAGAGAGGGAAGGCUUUCUGAAAGGGCCAGCAGGAAAAUUUUUGUUUCAGCCGAGAGGAGAAAGAAGUGUCAACAAUGAUGGCAGAUUUGCUGAUGAAGAGCAACAGUUUCCCUGUGACCAGAUGAAAAAGCCUGGCAGAAGCUCAUCGUGGCCAAGGAGUACAGGCUGGAAGAAACAAGUAACAGGCUUAGAGAACGCAACAAGAAUAAAUAAAUCAGAAGAGGAAGAAAUCUUUUGGCAUAUGAAGAUUCUACCAAUUCUGCAUGAACUGGAAAAGGCAGAAGAAAAUAUAGAAAAUCUUUGUCUGGCUUGCACAAAGCUCCAUGAAACCUUGAAUGAAGGAAAUAUGCUUGGAAAAAGAUUUAAAGGGAGAAGCGUGCUUCUGAAGACGUUAUAUAAACUUGUAGACAUUGACUCAGUUCCACUUUGCCUGAAAUUGGCAAAGAUUAUUCUGGCUAUGAAAGUGGAUGGAAAAAAUCUUCUCAGUGCUUGCAAGCUUGCAUUUAUAAUUUGCAGGAAUGAAAAAAACGAUUCCAUCAUUCAAAGUGAUAGAUUAUUGGAUUGUUUGUUGGAUGUCCUGAGAACUGAAGAUCUACAAAAAAACAAUGAAGCUCUCCUGUAUUGCUUGGGAGCUAUAAAGUUCAUGUCUGGAAACACAGUGCUCCUUAAUGAAAUGGUCAGCAAAGGAGCUGUUGAAAUAUUGCUGCAAUUACUGAAGCAGAUUAAUAACAUAAAAGAAAAUGACAUACAUUUCUACAGUUUGGGCCACCUAUUAGUCCAG